UGUGUUUUUGGCUGUUCUAUGAUAAACCAUCUUGCCUCACCCCCUUCCCACAACUGCUCCUGUCAUUUCCAUCACGCCCCGGUGGCGUUCCGUGUCUAGCCGGUGCCCCUCCCCCACUCCUGCUUCCUCCUCUUGCGACUUUUCGAGCCUGCUCUGCAACAUACAACAUUAUGCAUCGCGGCGCAUGCGCGCUGACAUCACGAUGCAAAUGUCACUGCGCAACCAACUCAAAGGUGGCCUAUACAAUAUGUCGGCAGGCAAAAAAGAGGGAAUAAAAGCUAUCGGUUUAUUCAUUAUAGUGUGGUUAAAAGUCUUAGGCAGCUCUAGAGAGAAAGAAGCCACCAUUCCUGUGUUAACCCCGACCGUGAUCUUCGAGAAAGUUCCUACUGACCGCAACACAGCAGUGGAAAAGAUGACGUCAAGUGCCCAUUACUGUUCUCCAGUUAAAAUCAAAAUAUUACGAAACUCUAACGCGCCUCUAGCUUACAAAAUAUGAAAGCAGAAAGACUACGCUCGAUAUUUAAGUUGCUGAUUUACUCACAGCGUCGGUAGGAUAAGAGUUAAAAACGUUUGACACAUACCCAUCUCUGUCUAUCCAGCAGACGGAGACCUUAUAAACUCGAUGGGGCUCAGGCAGGACACGUGACUCCUCUCAGCCAAUCAGAGCGGUGCGUGCAUGUUUUGCUGGGCUUUUCUCCGAGAGGACGGGCGACGACGAACGAACGAACGGCUGGGAUGUUUUCAAAACCAGCGAUGAACGUCACACAGCCGUAGGCUACGGUUAACGUCCAGUAUUUAGGAAAUAACUGUUUAUAUUGCGCAAUUUCACUUAAAGACGAACCUGAAUGAGUCGGUGGGAACGCGUAACCCGGUGUAAAGGUAAGGUUUGUUUAACCGCCUCGGCUUAAAUAGGGUGAAAAAUCCCAGUUAACAUUAGCCAUCUGGCUAAGUUGUACAGCGAGCAGGCUAACGUUGAGCUAACGUAAAGUAAACUGCGUGUGAAAACGGACAGUUAUGCGUGUGCGUGGGCUUGGUAUUUCUGUGUGCCACGUGUGUUGAGUACUUUCUUUUAGCUUACGGGGAAUUUAACCCCUCUCUGCAUUUAAUAACUCACUGGUUUUCGAAGUGAGAGCGCAGACAGAAGCGCGAUAGGGAAAAUGUCGGAGCUGGUUAGCCCCAGUGUAGGGCUGGAAACGAGCUCGCUAGCUAGCAAGAUUAAGCGCUGGGGAGGGGGGGAACGUAGUGAGGGCAGCGAGGGGCUGCAGUGGGCUUUUGUCUCGGGUUGUGCUCUGCUAUCGUGUUGAAUAUUGCCAUUUAAACACGAACUCUUACGUGCUUUAUAUUAGCGCCAGAAUCUUUCAUUCCAGCCUAUUCAUCUGUGUAUGAAACAGUUCGCUAACGUUAAUGAUACUGUAGCUCGUUAUGUUUACUAACCGUAGCUAAGUUGAAAUUUUAGCGCUCACACAAGCACGAGCGACAUUACCGCGAGGUGGGCGGUGUUUUCUGUAAUUAUGUCCUCAACACAACUGUUUAUUAACUGUCAGCGUGGUGAGAGCGACAAUAGUGAUCAAAUUUAGAAGGAAAUAUCAUGUUUUACGGAUUCUGGAGAGGACUAGUACAGGUUGAAUAAUCAGGAGAUUGCGCCUCCCAGCCUAUGCCUGUGACAUCUUGGGGGUGUGUUGCCUGAUACAAAAGCUGCCUGUUUUCAGAUGGCUGUCCGUGCAACGACUGCUCUGAACCAACAAAACGCCAACCUUGAAUUUACAAAAUAGCUUAAAUUAACAAGUUAUUUUGCAUAGAAAGCAUUCAAAAACCUCGAUUAGGUAUUUUUUGAUACCUUCACAUACAAAAUCUGUUAGGAAUGUGCGUACUAGUGGUCUGUGAAGAUGAUCUAAAUAGACACUGCAUUUGAAAUAUCAGUAAGGGCAUAAUAGACAGGUAAUAAAACAGAAGUAUGACACGAUUAUGAAAGAUUUAGCCAUUAAAUUCACUUUGGAAAUGUAAGAUCAUUUUGUCCUAAUGGCAGUGAAGAUUAGGUCAGUGGUUCCUGCUUUGAAAGUGUUGCACUAGGCCUGGGCAAUUUGGCAAAAAAAGAUCACAAUAUAUUUUGUCAUAUCGUCCGAUCUCGAUUAUUAAAAUGAUUUUUUUUUAACCAACUGUAGCUAAGUUGAAAUUUUAGCACUCACUAAUUUUAGCGCUACUUGCACUAGGCCUGGGCAAUUCGGCAAAAAAAAGAUCACAAUAUAUUUUGUCAUAUCGUCCGAUCUCGAUUAUUAUAACGAUUUUCUUUUUAACUGCCUGUUUUAAAGCAUCUGCACUAAAAACUAAAGAAACUAGAGAUUAGCUCAACAUUUCAUUAACAUAUAAAGUAAAUAACAAAGUGAAUUCAAUAAGAUGCACUUAGAAAAAUAGAAAAACCAUUUUAACUCAACACUACAACAAAUGUAGAUAAAUACUAGAUUAUACAGUGAAUAAGUUUACAAUCCUGAGUGUUUCUGCUGGUAUGCAAGACCCAAAAUAAACAAAUCGCCCCCCCCCUUAAGAGAUAAUGAAGAUGCCUUAAAAUGUAAACAUAGAUGGAACAAUUGAUCGCUGCUUUGGUCUGGUGGCUGCACCGCUAAUGGUGGCUAAACUGCGAAUGGUACUUGUGCCGUCAGCAGUGUCAGGCUGUGCAGACUCUGCUCACAUUUUCAUGCUUUCUGCAUAAUCACUCGGGAAGUACUUCUUCAAAUGAUUUAACAAAUUUCUUGUGUAGCUGGUUUUUGAGGGCACUGAUCGCCGACGUACCUUGCACAUCAGCUUAAUUACUCGACGUCACUUUGGAGAUACCCGAACCACCGCCACUCGACCGGAGUGAGCAGGAAAAGCUAGACUCUGAUUGGCUGUUGUGAUGCACAUUUCCGCUAUGUUUAAUCGAGUAAAUGUGCUCACAUCUGAUCACCGUAAUCGAACUGAAAUUUAUCACGAUCAUCAAUCACGAUCAUAAAAUCGCCUAGUCCUAUGUUGCACCGUUUAAAAAUAAAUGCAAGGUCCUGGUAUGAUUUGUUGGCCCCCAAGCCCAAUCUAACUUUUUAAUACUGAGCAUCUGUUAAUACAGAGUUCCAAUCCAAUAUUUAUAUUUGCCUGUAUAAUUUGGCUGCAUGCUGUGUUUGUGAUUAAUUUUACAUCUGAUUAAUUUAGAAGCAAAACAGAUUUAUCAUGUUCAGAAGUUACAUUCUUUAUUUGGACUUGGCUCGGCUUGUGCCUUGGAUCCACCACUGUCGCAUUAGAGGGGAUCAGUCUGAACCAAGCUAAAGCUUUGUUACACUUCUAUCUCUAAUAGAAGGCUUUUCAAUGCUUUGAUUCUUUGGUCAGUGUUCUGCUCAUGGAGAAGAACAUAUUUCAGGGCUGUAAGGGCAGGGAUCACAUCAACCGUACUUGUAGGCUCUACACUGACAACCCAGGUCAGCUCUUGAAAAGGAGAGAAAACCUGACUGCCUUCUCCAAUAGUGCCCACUGGUUUGCUCUAAGUGAAGGUUUAUGUGAACUGUUUGUAUGUUUGGUUCUUGGAUAUCACAUCAACUUGAUAGUACUGAAUGCAGCCCUUCUGCUAUUGCUUUGCAAAACAGUCUUAUUGCAUACAUUGCACGUGGCUGUUGGACCAUUUUCACUUUCUAGUUUAUAUUACCACACAGCUGGUGGUGUAACACUGCGAGGUUACUCUCACUUUAGCAUUCUGUGUCAAAUUUUGCUCAAUUUACGACAGCAGAUGCAAUGAUCAGAUUGAGAUAAUUGGCUCCAAUUGCUAAUCUCCAGUCCAUGAUCAAAUGUACUGACUGGUUCCCAUCCCAUAUGUGAGAUUGGGAUUGAGACUCCUUACAAAAUAGUAGUUUUGUGAUUUCUACAUUACCAUAGCUUUUUCUUAUGCUCACAACCCUUUGCCCUUGUUUAUAGGGAGCAGUACUUUGGAUCAAAAACAAGAGAAACAUUGAGAAAUAGCCUUAAAAAGUUUCAUUAUCAGAGAAUAAUUGUGAUUAUCUCUGUGAUCUGAAGAGAACAGGCCUUCUAUGUUGACAUCAAAAUAUUUCCUAAUAAUAACCAACUAAACAUUAUCUGCUUAUGUUCUUUUAAGUUCUUAUUUACAUUUCACUAGACAUCAAAAACAUAAUUAGCCUUAGCGUGAGUGUGAAUACGACAAAUAUUUAAGAAUCCCAAUGAAAAUGAUCACUUUUCAAACAUUGGCAGUCAGAACUGGAACUCAUUUCCAGCCAUUGCAAUUGUUAAAUCCACAGUGCUCACAGUGUGUGAAUAGGUGGUUGCAUCAGUCUGGUUUUUUGUCUUAUUAGUCACCACAUAUUCCCACAUGGUUUGGGAUAUACUCAGAGAGCACUUCAGCUCGGCUUUACCAACAAAGAUUCAUGAUUCUCAGACAUCCACAGAGUCGAAAUAUAAAAAUGCACCACGUCAUUCCACUCAUGAUCGCUCCUUAACUUUCACAGUAAACUUUUUAAGAGGGACUAAAUGUCCAUGAUACUGUACUUUAGUCAUUAAACAUAUUUGAACAUUGCCAAUCAAAAUUAUGGGACUGUGAACAAACCAACUGCCCUUGAUGAGCCGUAGAUGUACAAGUAGUACCAUUAUUAUACUUGGUAAUGUUAUAUCUCAAACUUGAUUUGAAAUACAGUGGCCAAAAGGUUUUUUUAAUAUACCUGCCUUUGGUGUUACAUUUUUUUCUCAGUUUCAUACUUGACUGCAAAAAGAGCUCCCACAACGCGAUGGAGUCAUUGUUGAUCAUUUUAGGAAUGCUGUGUGAAACUGACAGUAUAAAUUAAAAAUAAAGGGACAUCUUAGUAAUAUAACUACAGAAUUGUUUUUUGCUUGCCUCCCUUUUUCAGAGAUGUGGGUCAAGUGAAUAAAACUAUUGUGAUCACGAUUGGUAACAAACGGGUAUUGAAAUUGGCCGUUCAUGCAGGACGACUGUUGUCACAAACCAAGAGUUCUUUGUGACAGUUCAGUGGCUUGCGAUGUUUUAAUGCCUCCUUUUAAUAGUGUUGCAAAAGAACACAAUAUUCCAUUUCUGAGCCUGUUACAGUUUCAGUUGUGCCUCAGGUCAUGUUUCUGGAUCAUAGACAUAUAAGUUAAAAGUCAUAUUUUGGGCUCAUUGAUGUCAGUGCUUUUAUUGCUGCACAAAGUCUGACGUUUUGCAUCCUUCAUUUAUCUAUAUUACUCCUCAGGUCUAUUUUUCAUAGAUUUAGAGAAACAGUGAGAUGAUUCCGAACCCAUUUUACUACAAUCCAAGAGUCAGUAAUAUAAACAGAGUAUUUUAAAUCCCUGUAUCUGUGUUCCUGUCUUAAGCACAUAAUCAGACAUUGAAGGGGACCUGUAAUCUUGGCUGAUACGUAUUUAUCGUUAACUAGCUAGUGGUCAUGUCUUAUGUUAAUGGGAGAACACUGAGAUCUGAAAUAUAUAUAUUUUUUAAUAUGGUUUGAUUUACAUUUACAGACUACUGUAGGCUGUGGGAUAAAGUUACUAACUGUGCGCAAGAGAUUGGAGCUGCAAGCACCUGACGGCCACUACUGGCAAGUAGAUUUUAGGCUGGUGAUCAGACUCUACAGUGGAAGUCCUGAAUAAUCAAAUUAGUGAGUUUACGAGGAAAUAUAGACAUCUUUGACCAAUACUGAUGCCAACAUCAGUAUUGAUCUAUUUUAGAGUAAUGUCUCUUUUUAUUAUAUCUUAUAUACUGCUCAUAAUCUAUGCUCUUGGGUCAGUUGUAGCAGCGUGUCAAGUAGUGAUGCAUGUUGAUAGAUAUUUUAGCUCUUCUGGAACUUGGACCCAAGAGAUAGAAAAAGUACCUGGAGCAGCCACAGCUUUUGCGCUUAGAAAACCAAUAGUUGAACAGUUCUGGGCAAGUAAUGCUGCACCUUACCACCCAGUCAAAGCCGGGCUAUAGACAGUUGUCAAACAAAAAGCUCAGUAUGCCAUGGAAAAAUAUUAUGGCAUUAAUGUCAUCUUAAUUUUGUACAGUUUUUUAAAAACUGUCUUAGUCCAUCUGAAAUAGACGAAAAAUCUCAGGCCAGGUAUUAAAUUUCUUUUGGAGUUUAUCCAUUUAGAUUAAAUAAUAUUUCCAUACCAUUGCUACUUCUGUCUGUUGGGCAACCAACAAAGGACAUGUAGCCAGGGUGUGUCACUUAUGGGUUGAAAUUGUUGUAUUUCAUUUUUGGCAGCAGUUAUAUUUCUGACAAAAUCACUUUCCCUUAUUUCUUGCUAAAUUGAUCUUGAAGUAACAUUACAACAAGCACUGCCUUUUGACUACAGAUGUAUGAAACUCACAGAACAGGGUGAUCACUGUCAACACCAACAGAUUGUCACUGUCAGAUUUUCCUGCACAUGACAUGUAAAGGGUGAAUCGACACCAAGGAGACCUAAUGGUGGUGGACCUUGGCUGAUGAUGUUCGAAUUCAGUCAUCCCUGUUGACCGGUCAGUUGCUGAUUUCAAAGUUGUCCUCAGGCUCACAAGAAUCUGAUCAUCAACUGGUCACAGGCGUAAUGGUAGCUGAGGUGGCUGGUCAUGUAGCUAUGUUAAGAAAACAUUGACACAGGUCAGCAAAGAAAUGUUUUUGGUCAGCCUCAAAAAUAUCAAGGCAUGUGGACUUCAGGGUGAAAAACUCUCCAUGCAUUUGCCCUGCUGUAUGCUUUUUAGAAAAAAGAUUAGCUGCCUUGACUGCAAGACCCUUAAAAGAAGCCAAUGCUUGAUACUAGCAUUAACACUGUAGUAGCCAGCUGUAUCAAAUACAGAAGUCUGUGGUCAUCACCACAUCCGCAGCCAGUGUUAUCAUCAGGUUUGCAACCAGGGUUCAAAUUAACUUUUUGCCUCAGCCUUCAAAUUAUCAGGCAGAUGAAAAAAAAGUAUUUGAGAUAAUGACAUAAUUUCGUCACCCUCAUUUAGAUUGAACUUGUAGGUAGCAGAAGAGCAGGAGAGAGACGUUGCAGCUAAACCAAAAAGCAGUUAAGACUUAAUAGUAUCUUCUAGAUUUAUUCUGAACCAAUCUACUUUGGUGUAAAUAUUUACUGGCCACAGGGCACACAGCUCUCUUGAGAUUUACCACCCACAUGGCAAAUCUGAUGUUUGCAACUUUUCUUUAGAGUGAUAGCUUUGUAACAUGGUUAAUACAAUAUGAAAGUUAUUAUUCCACAGUCAAAGAGCUUAUCAAGUAGGAGAAAACCCCUAUAACAAUAUUCACUAACUGUUAUGUGCAAUUCAUUAGUGAUAAACACAGAAAUCAAUUGCGAUGAGAAAAACAUGACUUGUUUUCAUUACAAUGCAACAAUAUUGCAACAAUAAGCUCUAUCAUUCGCUGUUUUCAUCUACUUUAUGUAGUGGCUUUAAUUCAUAUCACUGUGAAAACAAACUCUUUGUUUUGAGUGCUAUAAGUAGCAGUAUCUACGUUUAGUAAUUACACAUUUUUAUUUCUCCAACACAACUACCUGUGAAAAUAAGACUGGGCACUGCAUCGUGAUAAAGACUUUGAUUUUAAUCAUGGCUAUUUCAGUUCACAUCUUAGUCCAGUGUUUCGUUCAAUGGACAAUGAAUGAGCACAAGGAUGUUCAUUGAAUUUUACUUGUUUGAAUAUAUUUAAAAAAGUUAAACCUCUGAUUCAAUCUAAGUAAAUUGAAGGAAAUUAAAUUGAAUCAAAUUGUUUCUUAUUUUAAUGAAUUGUUCUUGAAACCAAUUGUUGCCAUCAAGGAUCCAGCUAAAUUGAAUGGUCUACAUUAUUUUGUUCUUAUCAAGUAAAAAAAAUUAACCGGAAAUUCAGUUAUCAAUUUGCAUCAACCUGAAUUGAUGAGUCACGUCGUUGUGAGUCUUAACUCAUUUUAAUGAAUUGUCCUUGAAUUGAAUUGCCAGGUUAGAACAUCUUUUUAAGAUUUACAUCUCCACCAGAUCGUCCCCAUGAUGAGGAACAUGCUGAAGUGCUGUUUGAAGAGAGUGCAAUAUUUAUAAGAUGAGAUAGGAUAAACCUUUAUUUAUCCCAGGGUGGGAAAACUUGUAAAUUCUGUCUGAUCCUUCCUUUUCCUCAUUAUCUUUGCAGGGUUGCUGUGAAUAACUCGUUUAGAUUUUGUUUGUUGGGUUUCUUGUCAUUGAAACCUGUUCCUCUCAGUGUCAGAUGCAAGUUUUGUUUAGACAGCCCACUCACAGUGCCUGCCCAGUGUUUUGGUGUAAGAAGCCAUGCCAUUUGUGAGCGCACAUUUGAGAAAAAUUGGAAGCAUAAAGUUUGGAUGAUUUAAUCUUCUGAUAUCUUGAAUGCACUGUUAUUAUGUUCUAAGAAAACUGGAUAGAUGCACGGUGGACAUCCUGAUUGUAAAUACGCUUUUUAAAAGGUUAAUUUAACCCUGACAUGGUGUUCACUGAAAACUAAAUGGUCAUUAUGAUCCGUUUUUCUUUUGCUUUCUAACUAUUCAUGGUUCUUUGUGUUUUGAUCGUGUAGGUUGCUGUAUGGUCUAUGAUGCAAACUUGGAAAUUUAGAUGAUCCUGUCUAUGGACUGGCAAAAGAUAUCCAGGCUAGAAAUUAGAUUAACGAGCAGCAGAAAUGUGAUGUGUGCGUUGUUUGGACACAUUUUCAUGCCUCAAUACACAUUGUAAGAAUUUUACACAAAAUUAAAGGAUUCAAAAAGAUUGACAGAAAUAUCAGACACUGUUUCCUGCUACAUUAUUAAUGAUAGGGCCCUCACAGCUCCAGUGGAGCACAGUGGGAUUUUAACAGCUUGUUAAAAUCAUGGACAGACAGUACAAUGUGCCAAAACUAUGUUUGCUAAAUAUAGCUCACCUUGUUCAAAUGAGGUAUGUACGCAUAUUUACCAAGAAAUAUUAAAAAAUAAUUUAAUAGAUCAGCAUAUUCGCAGUAUAAACCUUGUCAAUGAACUAUGAGAGUAUGAGAGGGCCCUAUCACCCAGCACUAAGCCCAAAUUAUUAACCUAAAAUUAAAUAAAGAUAGAAAAAUAAAGUUCACUCAAAAUCUGAACACUAAUUUAUAUGGCAUGAGGAAACCACAAAAAGCUAAGAACUGUCCAAAACAGUAUUUAUUUCAUUUCUACCAGAUCGUUAAAUCAGAUGUGAGAGGACCUGCAGUUCAUCCAAGCAGAGGGGAAAGGGUGUUAAAAUAUAUGGCAAAUUUAUGAAAAAUUAUUUAAAAAAAAACAAGACUGUUUGAUUUAAAUGCACAAUAAAUUCACUAUUUUUCCAAACACAUCACCGGCAUGACUUCACAAUCAAUUAUAACCUCAUAAUGAUUGGACAACACAGUGCCAAAAUUAUGAAUUUGUCAUUAUCUGCAAUUGUUUCAUCUUUGACAUGAUUCCAUUUCACAUGUUGGAUAGAGUCUUGAAGCCUUUCCUGUCUUUAUAACACUUGGGCUGAGAGGAAGUUCUGCAUAUGUUACUUGAAUACCAUACUAUUGCUACCACAGCUUUUGUAUCUUUAAGCCUCUUAGUGUUUUGCAGCACCUUGGUCAAUACCCUAAGCUCUCACUAACAUUUAUGUGAAGACAUCCAGUGUUGUCUUACACGCUGAAUGAGAAUGUAUGAGACAUGCCUCUUUGUUGAACCACAUCUCCCUGGCUCUCUUGGACAAGUCUUAACAUGCAACUUUCUUUUUCUUUAAGUUUAUUUUUCUCUUGAAAAGUAGCUUUUAUAUCAGGUAGAGGAGGCAGCAAAUCAGCUCAAUGAAACAGAAGUGUUGAGCAAGUGAACUAUUACUUUUUAACCUAGAAAGAUAUGAAUUACAUUCAGUAAGUUUUGUCAUAGUUAAGAAACUUUAUCUGUGGACCUGCAUUCCCCCUGUAACCGAGACAUUUUAAGUUUUAGUAAUAAUAAAACUGUUUGCCUUUAACACAGUGCUUUUUAUGUCGUUCCUCCUUUUUUUUUUUGCUUCGAGUGAUCACAACAGACCAUUUUCUUAAGGGAAAUCCCCUAAAACGGUCAGCCUUCAUUUUACUUUCUUCCCUCACAGCGAGCAAAGACUGUGUCCUGUUUAGUUUCACUCCCAGGGAUUGUUGUGGCUUACGUGGCUGUUAAUGAAGGUGUUUGCCCAGGAUCACUUUGGUGUGAUCAUGUAGAAAAUAGAGCAACAUUGAGCAAGGUUGUAAUAAUUUGGGGAAAGAAAUGUAAGAAAGCAGAGAUCAUCAGUUUCUUUUUUUCCAGUCCGUUCAUAACUCUGCACUGUAUCACUUUCCCUUCAAGCUUUAAAGCACAUUUUCUGUGCAGAAUUCAAAUCAGACUGAGCGCACUGGUGCCGUUUAUGAUAUGAAGUGCCUCUAGCCAGGCCUGGGCCGAUCUGCAGUUGGCUCCAUCAGCCGAGUAUCUGUGUCUUCGAGAGGCCCAGCAAGUGUGCGUUUGUGCAUGUGUGUGUAUCUUUGUGUGAAGAGGGUGGAGCCUACUGAUUACACAACAUGUGCUAGUCUUUGCCAGCAGCUGAAUGCGUGUGCAGUGCAGUGUUUUUGUUUAGUGCGUUGGGUGCAGUAUAUGUGUGUGCAACGGCCGAUGCCUUUUGAUAAUCCACCAUGUAUGGUUAAAGACUGAAUAUUCGAGAGGCUGUGACCUUCCUGCAGAAGGAUACAGCAUGACAAUGCAGAAAAAGAAGGAAGAAGGGCUGUAAUAAUAACACAGUGUUCCAGCCUCUUAAAAAUUAAUGAGCCCUUAAAGAAUCUUUUUAUGAAUGAGCAGUAAGGGAGAGAUCAGUGUGUUAGUCUGAUUGUUUAGUGCGUUGUGGUUUUCAUUCUUCAUUGCUGGGAUGCUUUUCUUUUAGUGAUUCCUAAGAAAGCAUUCGUAUCCUGUUUACACUGGCUCUUACAGUGACCACACCGCCUGCGGGCCAAGGACCCUCCUGAUGCAAAAUAGGUUAAUGAGUGUUUCAUUCAUAACAACGUUUCAGUGUCUCAUUUCAGUGAUUGGCUGCAUCCGCCCCACGUGUGUGAAAUCAAACACAACAAACAUAGUGAGUUUGACCUUGAUUUUGUUCUGCUAAUGUGGUCAAAUUUGGUUAAUCAUUGACAUCAGCAGGCAGCUCCAAUCAUAUGCUUGUCCCCUGUUUUAUGAAUAAGCGACGUUUUACUUUUAUUGAUGUAGCUUGUAUCUGUUCAGCCACAUUUGUAAAGUGUUGAUUUUUACAACCUAAAGAAGAAUCCUGGUGAAUUUAAAAAUCAUAGUAUCUUUACUGGAAGUUAUUCUAAAAGAGAUUUCAACGUUAUUUUUUUGCAAGCAUUUUAAACCUAAAAAUAAGAAGCAUGCAUAAAUAAAAGAUAGGACAAAACAAAUUAAAGUGUGUUUAAUGCAUUUCUUUAUGGAUAGAAGGAGUGACGGGGUCUUGUUUAAAUAGCUGUACAAUGUUGGGGAAAUCAAGUCAGACUAGUACAGUUUCAUGUUUGUUUAGAAUUUGCACACUUUGUCCAAGUUAAGAAUAAAUCAUUAUGUCUUAAAAUGUGUUUGUAACCCUAACAGAGCGGAUAUUUUAGCAAGCUUAAAUAUAGUUUUAUGUUGUGGGAUGAUAUUUUAGGAUUGUUAUUGUAGAGCUGAGACUUGGAAGCAGAACGGACUUACUCAAAUUGGAACGUAACAAUCUCAAGUAUGUUAAAUUAGAGUAUUAAUACCUAAAUAUAAAACUAGCUUUGUUUUUCUUAAAUUACGAUGAGCCUUUUUCUGUCUACAUAGGAAGUGAAUCCACUUCCAUUGAGGCUGCCAUCUUGCAUCAGCAUGUUUCUACUGCAUCACAGGACAGAUACAGAAACAAACUCCUUUUUGUGUUUAGUUAGUGGCUUUCCAGAAUACCUUUCCUUCCUUUAGAAAGGGGAAUAAGACUUGAAUUGUGUUCUGCAAAUAGUAUUUUUGCUGACAUUUUUAUUUGGUGGUAAACUUAACCAAUUGGGGAUCCUGCAUCACAGUAGUUUCUUCUUUUCUAGGAUCCAUAAACAAAAAAGCUAGGAAAGGCAGCGAGGCAAAAGUGACUUGUUUUUUUUUAUUGUGUCCAUUGGGUUUCUGUAAAACAAGAUCAUUUAAAAUAUUACUGCUCUGUGUUCUUGUUGCAUUUCUGAUGGUCUCAAGUGCUCUGUUGCUUUGACAUCUUUUGUAGAAGGAUGUCAAAGCAUCCUUGUCAGUCCCUCUGAGAUACCUUCAGUGUUGUUGUGGUGCAUUCUCUUGAAAGAUGGUGUAUCCUAGAGGUGGGUGAAGUAGAGCACUUUGCUAACUUGUUUUGUGUCAGCAACAUGUUUACCGUGUACAUUAUUGUCUGCUGGUUAAAAUGAACCUCACGCGGAUGGUGCAACAGGCCUCAGGUGUUCAGUGUAAGUUGCCACAGUGAUCUGCCAGAGUAAGAAGUAAGCAGUCUUGGAGGUACUGAGAACCCAGAGGUGGCCCUGAUGUAACCUAUCGAACCCAAAUCCUGCUCCACAGUAAAGGCCCCAGAAGUCUGCAUUAUAUGUAAAUGUUAACAUGGUCUGUUUUAGUUCAAAGUCUCUUGCUAAAAAUGUGGAUUUUAAGGGUUUAAACUGCAAGAGAGCAACAUGUUUAACUUCCGGUACAAGAAUCCAUUAUUAAUCUGUUCUUUUUCCACACAUAAGCUCAUUUCUUAUUCAGAUGCCAAGAUUAUGUCCUUCUGGCAAUUCUGAAUCAAAUACUUUUGAUCUGAUUUGGCCAGUUUGGCUGCAGUGAGGACUCCGAAAUGCCAGUACGGCUGGAAUCUGUUGCCGAAAGGGAGUUAUGACCUUCGGGUAAAUGCACUUCCUGUUUCCUUGUGUAUUAAAGGUGGGGUUUGGAAUUCUUGAGAAUUUGAUUGUAAAGUUCGGUGAUCAACAAUCAGUUUAUUCAGUAUUUCUUCAGAAACUCCCCUUAAAACUAUUUUUGUUUCCCAAUCACAUAGACAAUCAGGUGACCAUUCGGUGACACUUUGUGAUGAAUUUGUCAACAGUUACCCUCAGAAAAAAAACGUUUGGUAGGGAAUGCUCUGCCAGCCAGAACUAUGGAAUAAUAUUAAACAGUGAAAUGAAACUGCUGCUGAUAUUACGAUUGCAUUUAUCAGAGACUUUGUGUGCUUUGUAUUUUUGUAUUCCUCUGAGUCUACGGUGGAAAUGCUGUGUCAACCUUUACAUGCUGGUUUUGCUGAGGUUUACUCUGGCACUGUAAAGCUGUGGUUUUGGCACAGCUCUGCUAACCAUGUGUUUCAGGCCUGUGAUCGGAUCCACGUCUCAUCAGGCAUAACAGGACGUGGCAGGUGUAGAUGAAGUCAUGUCUUGCAAGUCAAAAUGAAAACUGACAGUGUUUCUCUUUAUAUAUUUAAUUUUCCAUCAGAUGCUCACAGGAGGUUUCCUUGAGGUUGUGACACUUUGUUAGUGUCGUAUUGUUGUUUAAUAGUCAUGUAGGUGGCUUCUUUGUCUCUCAAGGCUGUAAACUCUGCCUACAGCUCUUUUGGAAGGAAAGGGGGAUGGGUUAUGUUUUUGAGGACAAAGAUGACAAAGCAGUUUUAUUUGUUCACUUGGUGCCAAAGCACCGCUCUGCAGUUUGAAAGAUAAAAUGAUAAGCGUAUAAUUAUACACAAGUAUGAAUAAUGAAUGAGAUUUUUUACCAUUGUGUUUCCGCUGCUGGUGCGAAUGUUUCCUUGAAAGUUGAACAGCAACAGAUCCCCAGUGUUUGGUUCAAUCAUGUGAGCCCGAUGUUAUGUUGGAAAUACGAACGAGACCCACGCCUCAGUCCUAACCUUUGCUCUAAUCCCUCCCCCACCCCUCCACCCUCUCCUUUUUAACCCAUAAUCAGCAGUAAAGGCUUCAUUGUUCUUGUCCAUUUCUUGGGCAUCUGAUCAUUAACCUACAUUCAGAGCGCUGGCGGUAGGCUUCUUAAGGCUCUCAGACUUUCUCGGCCAAUUUAAUGGGCGUGUUGCAGUGGGCUGAGCCUUUUUCCCUUGCCAGUAAAGUUAACCCUAUUUAUGCCUCUCGUCUACAAACGUUGGGCUAUUUUAUGAGGCGUUUGAUUGGUGUGUGUGAGCCCUGCCUUGAGCCUCUGCCUUGUAAACUCAGUGCUAUUCCUGUUUUUAUGAAAGCUUUUAAGUGAUGGAUCAGACUGUAAAACAGUUUAGCACUCUAUCUUACAUAAGGAAACACAUUUAGGACAAAUAAACUACAUUAUGUCUGGGUUUUCCAACAGCUUAAUGCUUGGAUUAUUCUGAAUUAAGCCAGAAAAUUUGGUACUCUGCAAGUAUUUUUGUCUAAUAUGAUUCGUCCUUGGACAAAUUGGAAAAAUAUGCCUCUGUGGCUGACACUUUCUAUCAAAACAUUCAUUCGGUCAGUUUUUCCAGAGUAAUUAAAAGUCUUUAACUGAGACUAUGACUGGCGCCCUGAUCAAACAAAUUAUCAGCUUAUGUGCAAUUACGGCUGCAAACAUUUACCUGCUUUGCAUUUUCUCACCAAUGCUGGCAACGGUAGCUCAUGCUCUUUAACUAUUGUCUUGUCCCCACCUCUUCCCAGGAACAUGGCCUGCCAGUUUAUGCAACUGAAAUGCUAUUGGUAUGAAGGCCAGACACUCUGGUCGGAGAGGCAUGUUUAGUCUGUCUGGGGUUGGAGUAGAGAGGUGAACAGAUGCCUCGAGGCUUUUAGUGUCACUUGCUGUUUGUCUGUCCGUGUCCAAAUGUGCCUUCGGCGCAGACGACCCACUGACGACUAGAGGAGAGCUGUGCAUGAGAUUUUCAGCUUGUAGAUUUGGCAGUUUAGGCAGGAAGCUUGCAUCAGAAAUAGCAAAGUGUUAUUAUUUAUUAUUUUUAAUUGGGGUUAACUGGUUCUAGUAAAUAGAUUGGCAGAAAGGCUGACGGUUGAUAAUGCCAGUUUUAUGUUGCUGUUAUUUUGUUUUGUUUUGUAUCUAAUACAUUUAAUAACAAGAAAUGAAAAACCAUAUUUCUGAAAUUGAAUGAAAUUUUUUUUUAUUAUUAUUAUUAUUUAUAAUACCUUUGCAAUGUUGUAUGGCUGAAACCACACUGAAAAGGCUGCCUGGAGUGUCUGCAGUCUGUAUUUGUUUAUGUUUUGAUUGGCCUUGUGAUUGAAUUUUUCCAGUUGGGUCAUUAUUCCUGGCUUUUUUUUUUUUUUAACCUCUUAUUUCAACAACCUUCACUGAGGAAAUCCACUGAACAUUGAAUAAAUGAACAUCAACCCUACUGUCUGCAAUUUAGUCUUUUUAAGGUGCUUGUGUAAUCUGAUUAUCUUGCUAAAACACAAGUGUAAAUAUAUGUCAAGACUUGUAGGAUAAACUCCUGCAGUAGUUUCAUAUUGUUACAUAAUGAGAUAAUUAAAAUUAUUUAUUUCAUUAAAAAAAUUCAAAUGACACAUUAGAAAUUUAAAAAUACUAUCACGUUGAAGAUUAAAGUUUAUUUUUGUUUUUUCAACUGGAAAAUACUGGCCAGCAUAUAACAGAUUCUCAUAUGGACUAUAUGAAGUGUGUGUUAUUAAUUGCAGGUACAUACAUUAGUCUACCAUACAAAGACUUACUCUGCCAGUAUGUGUGUGUGAUCAUGUCAAAGAUGGCUGGCUCUUUGCUGGGUAUUGUUGCCUCUUCUCUAGUCACAGUAAUCGGGCCUUUGCGCCUGGCUUUGUCCUGCUACUCAUUAGGGAGUCAGAGGAGGAGGAGGAGGAGGAGGAGGAGGCGAAGGCUGGGAGUGGAUGUGCAGCUGAGAGAGACCUCCCCCAUCAUUUAGUCUGAUAGCAUACAGAACGACGACCACGUGACCGGCUGUUUACUGUCGCAGCCAGCGUAGUGUGUCUCCUUGAGUGCGUCACAGGAUUGGCCCCCUUUUUCUGUGAAGAAACAGACUCUAGCUUUGUUGCAGGUUAUAAAUAUCCUUCCUAUUAAUCUACUUUGUCAUAAUUUUUCUUGUGUUGUGUGUUUAGUACUGAGUGAUGUAUGCAGAUCUCUCUCACUCAGAGGUUUCUUUGUGUGCAGCCACAUGGGAGACCAGGGGAAAAUCACAUGUAUUUUCCACAUGGUGUGUGUGUGUGAGAGCUCACAGCAGGCAUUACUCGAGAAGAUGUGGCAGAGUAAUGUUGCUGCUGUCAUUGCUGCUGUCGUUGCUGCUGUUGUUACUGGUAGUGGCGGUGGCGGCGUACUCUGCGAUCUGUGUGUCAGGCUCAGUGCUAUUCUUAGCUCUCUUCCCUCCUUGUCCCAUCCUGCAGUCUGUGGAUCAGGUUACCAUGCUGUGUGUGCUCUUCAUCCUUCCCUUCUCCACCACCACCACCACCAGCAGCAUACUUUCACCAACCCCCCAGCAGCACACAUCUCCAACCAAACCCCCCUCCUCUCUUUGAGCUCCUCAAACCCCCAAACCGCUUCACUCACGCAAGGACACGCAUUAAAGCAGCCGCUCUGCUGUCAGGGCCAACAUGCUCCAGCACUACAGGGAAAUGGUUGUUAUUGUUGUUCGUCAGGAACCAGCGGAGUAAAGUGCAGAAGCACCGGGUUAUAAAUAAAUACAGAGACAUCUGCUUCUCAGAAGGACCGGCGCUGCAGCCAGUACACUUAGCUGGGGAUUUUACUGACUUAGUUCAGUCAGCUGAGAUGGAGACUCAGAAUUUGAAAAAUUCAGACACAUAUCUUUCCUUACAAGUAGAUUUUUACAUCCAGGCUGUCAGAUAAUAAUUCAGGAGCUGUUGUGUUUUAUAAAUCACAAAAACUGAGAGUCAAUUUGUAUGAGCAUCAUUGACACUGAUGAUGAUGAUGAUUAUCAAUUUUGCAGUGCUUUGUAUCCUUGAAGCUGAAGUUUUAAGAUAUUGUAACCCAGCAAUGACUAUGGUCUUUUAAGAUGGAUGUGAAGCCAGCAGUCAAAGGUAGUAUAUACAGAAGAGAAAUAGUCGUGUAGUAGAUUACUCUCAGUAUGUGCCAGUCGUAGUCCUUUCUGGCUGAGUGUUUCUAAAAAUUGAAUAUUAAGACCACAUAUUUGUGCAGUACCUAAUACUCUGGACCAUUCUUGAGGUUGAACCUUAUGUUACAGACAUGGUUUAUUUUGAAUUAUUGGACGAUGACUUGAUAAUAAUGCUUUUUUUUUGUACUUUUAAGUAUAUUCUCCCUUAGUGCUGUUACCCCGGCCUCUGAAUUAGUUGUCACAUCUCUCUGUUUCACUCCACAAGAUCCAGUGUCAAACUAAUCUCAUCUGUAGUUUCUUUGGGUCAGAGUAGUCAUGAAGGCGGGGUUUUGAUUGAGACUUGAAACAGCUCAAGGUUAAUGGCAGAGCUUUCAGGGGCUCACGCAGCCAUGAGCUGCUCGUGAAACACAGUGACUGCCAAACUGGCGAGAGCCCAAAUACCUCUGUAAUUAUAGUCACACCCUCUUCGCCUCGUUUCUGGGCUGGAUGCGAGUCCUGUCAGCGUUUGUUUUCUGGUCUGGUCCCGGGCUGUCCAUACCGCUUUAAUACCCCCCGAUACACUAGCCUCUUUACUCCAACGUGCUCACUGUGGGCUGCUCAAUUCUCCUUUUCAGCUGCCCUGAAUGACGGUGCUGCUGCUGCACACAAGCUAACUGCUGACUAAUGAUGGACCUCUCACUGGCCUCGGCAAAGCAGCAGGGCUGUGUGUUGGAAAGUGAUACCUGUCAACACUGUAUGGAAGUAAAACAUAAAACUGAGAAGGCUUGCUUUUUUGUGAUAAUUUAGGGUCGAUUGUAAGUGACUGGAUUUUGUCUGGAAAGGCAUAUGUAAAAUGCGCCCUGCUCUCGUUCAAAGAUUUAAUCCUGUACUGCUGGAGUGUUAGUGUUGUUGUUGAGGCUUGAUUAAUGAUGAUUCAUUGCAUCUUUAGUCACAGAAAUAUGAUGUAGAAAACAGCAGUGCACUGUUUCCUUAUGUUCGCCACAGAUUUAUGAGCUGAUAUGUUUUAUAACCUGUUGUAAUCACUUUUUUUGUUCAAAUAGCACUUCAAAACCCUAAAUAAUUAAGAAAAUGACUCAUGGUUUAUCACAGUAUUACUGAUGGGAUAUCUUUGUGUAUCGACUGACCUGACCUGUGUCAAUUGACAGAUUCAUAAUUUCAGCACUAAAAAUAAUCGACUGCACUAAAGACCUGUUUAUCACAAAGUUCACAAUAAUGAGUAUAUUCUCAGUUGCGAGUGAAAUAAUGACGUGACCUCACCGUAAUUAUAAAAUACUAACCACAUUACAGGUUACAACAACAGCAUUUAUGAGUGGCAGCAUCACAGUAACCGUGUUCUCUCCUUUAUCUUGAAGUGCUGCUCAAACUUGUAAGACUUCAGGCUUUUCAAAUAAAUCCUUGAUAAACCACAUAAUCUUUCCAUGUCAAAAAGAAGCUGUGUAUGAGAUGUCAGAACAUGCUUGUUAUCUUUAAUGACAUUUCAUAAUUGAAGGCCCGCAGACUUGAUUUGAUCCCUUCAGCUACAGUUUCUAAUUUUAUUUCAUGGACUAAUCGCGCUUUCUUGUUUGCAUCACGAUUGAUGUUGCUGUCUAGAUGGGUGGCAUGAUUGAUUGGAGUCCAGACAGUCACAUGGUUUUGCCAUUAUAUCCUCAAUGUGUUCCUUACAUAUUGGUUUGGUCAGCGUAGCCCCCCUUUGGAAACCUUAGAAGCUCUGCUCACAGUGUUGUGUGGCGUGUUGCCGAGGCUCACAGGAUUAUUGCUCUGCUGUCCCUGCAGUAGCCGCACAGUGACCCAGAUGUCAGGAUGGCUGUCUGUGUGGAUGUAAACAUAGCAUGUUGAUGUUCACCAGAUGUUCAUUGAAACCCAGCAAGGUCAAUACAUGGGUAGGCUGAUGUUGAUAUGCGAUUUUGUUGUUGAACUGAUACUUAUAGUCGAGGAGAUUGCUCACCGCUUUGAUCUGUUUGUUAGUUUUGUAACUUAAAGGGAUAUUACAGCGGAAAAUUGAUUUUGGGUCAAACAAACUGUAACACCCAGUUAGACUUCCCCUUGAGAGAUGAUGUUGCCGACCGCUCGCUUCUCAAGUUGCACCAACUUAAGUAGCAAUACACAGCGGUCUGAGGAGCAUAAACAAACCUCGACCAAAACACCACUCUGUUGCCACAAAUAAUACUCAAAAACACACUCACCGUCUCUCUUCCAGUAGCCGCUUAUUUGUUGCGAAACCGCAGGCCAGUCCAUUACGGACUACAGCGGGGUGACACAGCUCAAGGAAGAACAUUUAUGAUAAUUUCUUCAUGGAAAUGCAAUCAAACCGAGACGCUAAGGCAGGAGAACUAACGCGUCUGCAGUGCAAAAUGAUUACUAUGAUGAUUAUUACUUAAAGGAAAUGAUAAAGUAAUGAUCGUAAAUGUUCUUUCUUGAGCUGCGUCAUCCUGCUGUAGUCAGUAAUGGACUGGCCUGAGGUCUCGCUUCAAACAAGCAGCUGCUGGAAGAGAGUAGGUGAGCUGUGUUUAGUCUCUUUGCUAAAGAAAUCAGGCAAAGCUAAAAGAUGUUUGGUGGCUAGUGCUGUAGCUAGGACCCUAUAUGUACUGUUGAUGACGUUAGGUGCUGUUCUGAGCAUUAUUUGUGGCUACAGAGUGGCGUUUUGAUCGAGGUUUGUUUAUGCUCCUGAGACCGCUGUGUAUUGCUAUUGUGCGGUCGUCACUAAAGUUGGUAUAACUAGAGAAGCAAUAAUUAUCUCUCGAGGGGGUGUCUGUCUUUUACACUGGAAUAUCCUUUUUAACCUUGAAAAAGUUCUGAUUACCCUUUUAAAAGACAUCUAAAAGUAGAACGUGUUUCAUUAACUCUGUUACUGAGUGUAGAGAAUAAGGCAGCUCAGCCUCUGCCAGUCAUGCCUGAAUCUGCAUGACUCAUUUGCAAAGAGAUGCCAAUGGAGCAAUGGACCCAAAAAACUGUAUCUUUGACUUAAGUUAGCUGUCUGCUUUUUCCAUAUUAAGGUUAUUUUAUCGCUCUUUAAAACAAGUUGACUCAUAUUUAAGAGGCUGUUAUUAGUGGGAGAAAAUGUAAGUUGACUACUUUUACUAUAUAUUUAAAGAGCAUUUAGGUUUGAUGGAGAGGGUAGUUCAUGUAAUUCAAAUAAAUCUCAAAUCUUUACCAUAAAGGAAGAGGAAGAAAUGGAAAGCCUUGAGCGAGCUUUCUUUAUUGAUUGAAGUUCAGCUAUAGAUGCAUGUUGAGUAAUGGGGCCGUCCCCUUCAUUUUGAAAGCUGCUUUAUAUAGAGUUCACCGCGUGCUGGGCCAAGAAAGGCUAUUUCUGUCAAACCGAAUGUCUUGGCUUUUGUGACAGAGUUGUAAAAAAAAGAGCGGGGAAAGUUGGGCAAAAGUACGUAAGAACAAGGUCUUGUGACUGAAAGCAGCGAUCUUCAUGUGACAAGAUAACUGACACAUGCCAUUUCUGCUUUCUGUGUUUGUUGAGCUUUCUCCAUGCAGUGUAGGCGCCCACAGUGCCCCCAGUGAUGCUGCUGCAUGUGUUACUACGCUGACACAAACCACAUCACAGAGGAGUUUGGUUUGACUGAUGAGUAGACUGCUGUGACAACAUGCAGGGGGAUGUUUUCCUCUCACAACCCUAAAGAGUCCCUAACGCUGUGAUUCAUGCUGCCCUUUAAAGUUCUUUCCUGCAUGUUUUUCUUAUGGUUGAGAUCAAGUAGCACAAUGGAAAUAUGAGUGAAAAUCCCUGCCUGUAAAUAGAUGUUUAAUGUUACCUGUAUUUAAACGAGUUUCUUCCUGGUCCUGCAAACACUGCUCAGGAAAACUAGAGCCGUCUUCUUCACAGAAGAUGACGAGGCAGUGCUGAAAUCCUUCUCAUCGCUCGUUGUUUUUCCUCCUGUCUCCAGGUGCAUGAUGAACCUGCUGCGCUGUAGCCGUCACAGCUAGUCAGGUGCUGCACCAUGGCCAAACCUGGGAGCGACAGAGAUGGAGCCAUGGUGGAUAAGCAGGCGGGGAAGAAGGUAUGCGAACAUCUGGAAAUGAAAUGGCAUCAAACUAAUUUUGCAUUUACUUCGUACUUUCCUCCUGAGUUGAUCAAAUUUAAAGACCAAGUGCAAUUUGUCCAGCAGACACCUAGAAGGAAAACAAUUCAUCACUUUCCUCUGACUUAGAAUUGUAUUGAGCACCAUGUUCGUUACAUUUGUGCUUUUUGAAAACAACAAACACCAAAAAUCGGCUGUGUUGUGCUCUACUGCAGGGUUAAACCCAUGGCUUCGUUUUUAUAUCCAUCCAAACCAAAAAAACUGAAGACAUAGUUAAAUACAGGCAACAAGAUAUGAGACAUCAGCAGGAAAAAGAAAGCUGGAGGCCUAACACUCAGCAGUUUGGCCUCAUGAAUUGUUGGGGUCGAGGCCAAGCUCUGCAAGACCUCUGGUUUGGUUUGGAUCUGUCUCAGGUUAAAUGAUGAUUUAACCAGAUGAUUGGAUAUCAGUAACCAUUAAAGUAUUUCAGACCUGGCCGUUUAAUGAUAUUUUCCCUGAGAAAAGAGGAAGUAUGAAGGGUCGCUGUUAGACAGGUGAUACUGAGUUGAAACUGUACUUAGUUAAAUCCCUAUUCAAGUCUCACAGCUCAGUCGUAAUUUUAAAACCAGCUGCUGACAAAAUAUUCUUUCCUUAGUCAUCUAAGUUGAUGGAAAUCAUUACAUAAUCCACAGCAGCAGAUGUAGAUGUUCAAGUUUAUCAUUUUUUAAGGACUUCUGGUGAAAUGUUGAAAUCAGAAGGGAGGUUUGGUUUUCAUUAAUUCUUGUGGACUCUGGAAACAGCUUGUCAUGUGACAGUCUCACCCUGAAGUUCACAAUUAGCUGUCCUUAGAUUCCAACGAAUCUUACCCCUGAUUCAUAUGAAGUACUUUCUUUUUUGGCAGGUAGUCAGUAAAUCUUAGAUUUUUGAGUGUAGGUGAUAUUUCAGCUCACAAAUGACUCACAACAGUUUACCUUCAACCUGGUGAUAUGAAAUUCAAAUGUUAGUAGGUCAUAACCAGUACUCAGAGGUACUGAGUAACUCAAAACAGAAACUCAAAUUCUGGCUAGAUGACCAGUCUGAAGGUAAAAUGAGAAUUCUACAGUCAAAACGGAGCAGUAUUUAUUGAACACGGCUAAAGACAAGAGCCCAAAGUCUGUGGGUGAACAAGGUCAAACUGGUUUGCCCAGUGUGGCUAACAGUAAGAGAGCUAGCACCACCAGCUCACUGUUCUCCCUGCAGGUUAACAUUAACAUGCAUUUACAGGCAGGUUACACAUCACUUUGAUUGAGCUAACCAAACACACCUACACACAGCUUUAUCUCCAUUUUUUUAGUUUAAAAUGUUGCUGAAUCAUGGCACACCAAGAGGUGCUUCAUACUGCUCUCAUCAAGAUAGUUUAGAUUAUAGCAUUACAGUACAGCUCCAGCUGGUGGUGGGUGGUUGUGCUACAGCUUAGAGGCAACACAUGACUGGCAUUACAGACCUGCGACAAUGAGAAAUAUUCAUAAAUGUGUAAUUGACUUGUGAUUCUGAUGCUGACUAGUAACCAUUUAGUCGACUUAACGAGUACAUCCUGACUGAAGAGCCCUGAGUGAACAUGUAUUUCUGCUCUCAUGUUGGAGUCGAUCAUAAAACAGCAGAUGUUCUUGUGUUUAAAAACAAGUCACUUUGUGAAGUAUGUUGUGUGAACGAAACAAUGUGGAGGGUUUUUGAAAACCCUAUGCUCCCUGUUGUCAUACUGAUAUUACUUAUUUAUCAUUCUCUCUAUAAAUGAGACAAAAUUUAUGUCGACUUUUAUUUCGUCAGGCUGAAGUGCUUCUCAUCCUGACUCUCUUUUACUUUUAACACUGCCAGACACUUCAGCUUUGCACAGCUGGCACAUUGCUUCUCUGAGAUCAAAGAAGAACCACACUGCAGACAUUUUUCCCCCUGCCAGAAAUGUAUUUUACUGCACCAAAGUGCAGCUCACUGAAGUACUGGUUCUGAAAAAAAAGGCUUUGUCUGCAGAUCAGGGUGCAAGAGCCCAGGAACUGGAACAGUGAAAUACUGUCAUAUUACCUCACUACCUUAUCAACCGUUACCUUGAUUUUAUGUAUGCAAGUAGAGGUGACCUGGAUAAAACUAGAAUAUCAACUGAUUCAGUGAAAGUCAUAUCCUUGAAAAUCAAACAGCAGCUGCAAGCUUGAGAGUUAACAUCGAACAUUUCCAUGUUCUUGCACUGUGGGAGUUUUUUUUUUCUGCUUAAUUAAGGCUCAAGACUUCAAUCACCAAAUAAAAUAUUCAUUGUGUUGUAGCUUCUCUUAUGCUGAUGAGUAUGGAUGCAGCUGUGUUAAUUAAUUUAUACUGGACUUUUGGAAAUGUGACACACUGGUUAUACUUUGUUCAGCUGGACAGUCAAUGAAGCUGUAGGAUUCCAGAAAUCUCCAAUGGCUUCAUUACAUUCAUCAAGUUCUGCAUGUACAUUAUUUUAUAUGUUCAAUAAUUGUUCAAGGCUGAUGGAGGAAUAAAAGUAUUAAUUUCACAUGGAAAUGCAUCCAAUAGAAAAUAGCAAACUUAAAUAGUUUUUAGGCUCAUCUCUUGCAUAGAAACAGUGUUUUUGGAGGCUGAACAUAAACAUCAAAAUAAAAUCGGUUCCACAGUAGAUUCUUAAAAUCCUGCCUCUUCUCUUGCAGGGUAAACUAAGAACACAGGAAUCCUCUUAAAACAGUGUCCCCAUGAGUCUCAGCUGCACGCAUGUAUUUCGCUCUCAGUCAAGUAGCAGAACCACAAGUAGGAGGACAAUCACAACAAUGGUCGACUACAGGGCUGUUUGUGCUGCUGACUUUGUUUUAUCAGAACCUUUUAAGCAAAGAUCUGUUUUAUAGUUGUCUUGUUGGUUUGUUUAUACCCACCGCUCUGUUGAAGCUUUAAAUGCAGGCGCUUUGUUUUCUUCAGCUGUGCUUCGUUACUAAAUUAUAUUGCCAGCUACUGGCCUGGAAUACACACUACAACAUUUAGAGACGUUAUUUAGGAUACAGGUGAACGCAGAUUGUUUUCACUGCAUUGUCCAGUGAUUGGGUUUUCCUUGGGGGGGUGUCAUUGCUCCACCUUAUUACUAUUAUUAGGAAGAUAAAACACAGCACUGUGCAUUAAAUAUUUAAGUCAUUGAAUAAGCUCUCGGUUUUAGUAAUUUAUGGAGCAAAUGUCACAAUGGUCAUCAGCAGGAAACAUCAGGGAGAAAAAAGUAAUUGUGUGAUAUUAACUACCCUUUUAUCAUUUGGAGAUGAUUGGUGAUUCAUGAUGGUAAUUCACAGUUCUGUCUAUCAUGAAGCCCACAGCCGUAGAAGCAGAGGAAAGUGCUUCAGAAAUGUAGAAGAAAAGCAAGUUGCAACUUGUUAUUUGAAAUGUUUGACUUAAUCGACAACAGAAUAGCCGCAGACUGUAAUUAAGUCAGUAGUCGACUUUUUCGGUGGCAGCCGGCACGUCUGCAAGACUCCUGCUUGUCAGUAGUAAUAUUCACUCACUCUAACCCUUAAUAUAAAAAGUCUAUUAAUACUUUAUCGGGAAUACAGCAGUUUUUAUGGUUCAGAUGAAAUGUUUGGUUGGAAAUCUGUGAAAAAAAUCAGUAGAGUUUCCAAAAGCUCAAGGUGACACUCAGCAAAAAAAUCUGUAACAGGAUUAUUUCUUUGUUUUUUCUGUCUCUCAGACAAUGGUUUUGAAUUUUACUUGAAAUAAGCUUUGUAUGACAAGAGUAGACUUGUCCCUCUUUUAUUUUUAUCUGUGUAUAAACAGAGGACUAAAUGGUCCCAUUACAUCUUUACCUUUAAGGAGACCCUGCCUCUGAAAUCCAGUGUCAUACCUGCUAACUCACCGUCUGUGCGACCCAAAAGAUAUGAUGCAGAGACACAACACUGCCUGUUUUCUAAUCAUCUGCCCUUUGUUACACCAUUGUUCUUUUUUUAGGGGGGAUUUAGUCUCAUCUGAUACUCCACCUGCACGCUAAGCUCAUCCUAUUGUUGUUGUUGUUGUUGCAGGAGCAAGUGGAGCUUUUUAAAUGAAGCCUCCUCCGUUGAUUAACUGUUACAUGUUUGGUGUUUACACACACACACACACACCAGUCACAGGAGUCACAGUUGCGGCCACACCUUUGCCAUGUCUGACGUGCCUGAUUUCCAUUUCUCAUGUGCUCUUCUUCACCUUUACUGACAGAGUAAAGACAAGUUGUCCCCUUUCACCAAAACUCCGAAGCUGGACCGGAGUGAACUGCUGGGGAAGGAAGGGAAAGCAAAGUCUUCUAUGAAACGCAAGCUCUCCUUCACCACAAGUCCGCUCCGGACAGAGGAGCGAGAUUCAGACACAGGUAAGAGCUGCUGCUGCUGCUGCUGCCGCGCCUCCCUGCUCCUUUUUGGAAGCCAUGCUGUUGGCUGGCUGCCAUGUCUUUACACUGCCCCCUGGUGGUUUGUUGUCGAACAUGUCCUUCAGGGACUGACUGUUGUCCAAAGGGAUCUAGCAGGAUCCAAAAUUAACCAGAACUGAUGAAGUGGCAAUCUGUUGUGUAAAAUAAAUGGUUAAAACUUUUUGUGUGUGUGAAGAGUGUAAAUGAAAAAGUGAACAUGGGAGACACAUCAACAAAUCAGUCUGAAUGUAGCCGCCUACUGUUUUUAUGAAAUACUAAUCAGGGGCCUCCAACUUCCUUUAAAAUGAUCUCUGGUCUCUUAUUUGCAUCUUUAAUUCUGACAUUUUCAUAUUUUUACUUACUUGGGUCUUUAAAUGACUAAAACAGAAUACUUUAGGAUUGGUUCAGUGGAUUGCUUCAGCUGGUAAUCACUGGUAAUCACAACAGUGUCUCCUAAAGAGAUAGGAAGUUAUGCAUGGAGAACAAAAGUGUCGCUCGAUGACGAUUGUUACUUUACAGUCUGAAGAGGUGAUUUUUAUUUCAUCUGAGGGUUUAGGGGAAAAAAUGCGAGUCAGAGUUGAAGAGAUGAGUUGUGCAAAGAAAAUGUAAAAUGGUCUGAGAAAUAUAAUCCAAGCCUGUCAUAAACAAGCGCUUUUAGGAAUGUAAUGUUAUCUUAAAUGUCAUGAUAUCGUAAUAAGUCCACAGAGAGAAACUUAGAUCAUUUAAAAUUGAGAAAUAAGUGUCUGUAUUUGGUUUUGGCUGUUCUUCCUGGCGAGUGAAUUGCACUCUACUCUCUUGAGGCUCUGAGUAACUUCAGCCUUUGUCUAUUUGUAAUGUUUGGGAAUUUCUACUUGGGCUCCAGCUUGUUAACUAACCUCCUGGAUCCUUAGUCGACAGCCACAGAGAAUGUCAGGAGGUCUUUUGGAUGCACUCAGGGAUACAGCUUGUAACUACUUGAGCUCUGUUACGGAGAAGUGAGGCUGUAAAUGCUUCUCGAGAGUCUUUUGACUUGGCUGGAGGUUUUCCUCACAUUCUCUCCUCUUUUCAGGUCGCUGAUUUGCCAAGUGGCCUCUCUUCCAGCGCUUGUUUUGUGUCCGUCACCUUUCCGCUUUUCUUAUCUCUUGUCAUGGGAAAUCCAACUGCUCACACGUCAGAUUGAAAAUCUGUUUGAGCCUCUUCCUUUUCACUGUACUAGAUCGGAGGCACUGAACAGAGCACAAAGGAGGAUGGUCACAGAUGGGUCAAUGGUCUCUGUAGUUCCCACUUUCCACAGCUCUGCUCCACUGCAGCUGAAACUAAGAAGACCUAUCAUUUCAUACGGUCACAGGUCCACGGUGUCGUCUCUCUGUAUCGUGAAAUCGAUGAUAGCUUCACAUCCUUGACUGGAAGUUACUUUGAAAGAGUGCAGGUAUGAUGUGGGUACCUUUGCAGCCUGUUUUGCUGAUACCAGCUGAGACAAACCACUGGAUUAAUACCUAAACUUCUGCACAAAUAAACAGUCAAAGAAUCCCAGAGAAGUCAAAAUGGUUGAACACAUCGAUAGUGAGGCUCUUUGGAAAAAAAUACUUAAAUGGUGACUCAUAUCGUUUGUCUUUGUCUCUCUUUGACAUUUUUUGGUGUAAAUAUCAAUUCAAAAAUAUUGAGUAUUUUCUUCUUGUUUGAGAUCUGGUAUAGAUGGUGCCGUUUUAAAAGGCCUGAGCAGCUUUAUCCAGGUUCCUGGUAACUGUCAUGUUCAAGUUGUGAACUCCAUGUCUCAGUCUUGCCUUUCUUACUUGUGUAAAUAAAUGAUUCAGCUUCUGUAAUUUGGGCCGAAUGUAACCGUAUGUUUACAUCAGAUUUGAGACUCAAAAUAGGAUGAGUGUAUCGUUCAUCCAUAAUUAAAGUAAAUAAGGUGCAGUAAUGGUUUUUACAGACAGUUUGAGGUCCAGUCCGCCUUCAUCUCCUCUGUAGGGCGAAGUGAUUUUUAUUGUGUGGUCCUGUGUCGUACUGACAGACAAAAACCCUCAACCUUGUACUCACUAAGUUGAAUUUAUGUUGCACAGGUUAUAAACCCAAACUUGCACAGAGGGUGGCUUGUCCUUCAGCCUCACAGAUCCUGUGUGAAGCAGAUUUAAGAAAAACAAAGGACUCUGCUGACCAUCUCCAAUCACGUCUUCUCUCCAGCGCUGCCAUGACUCAUAAUCUGUGCGUGGAGAGCGAGUCUGCCUUUGUGCCUGUCUGUGUUUGAGUACAUGUGAGACGUGGAGGGUGAGAGAGAGCGUUAAUGCAGUGCUUUCCCACCCUCCCACCCCUCCUCCUCCCCCCCUUGCUCCCCCCUCCCCCUUCCUCUCCCCAUCCUCUCUGCUUUGCACUGUAGAUGACUCAGACCCAGGCCAGUCGAGUGAGACCUGGGGAGAGAGAUUAGUGCCUCCCUGCAGGAUAUUCGCAGGUAAUCGCUGCAGCCCGAUCUUCAGCCCCCGUUUUCUUUAUGAGUAACGUCACCGACUUUUUAGCCACUAUGCUGCUGUAGACACACAUACACACAUGCACGUGUGUGUGUUUUCGCCCUGCAUCUGCCCCUGUUACAGCUCACGCAUGUCUGUGUUUGGUAACAACCGACCGACGGAGACUGGGGGGCCCCCGAGGAGUGUCGUCUGCAUUUGGCUGGCUUAUGAGAAUGCUGUCUUAUUUUUGUCUCCUUUUUUCAAAACCUCAUGCUUGUCAUCUGUUCCUCCGCGUGCUCAACAGAUACAAGGGAGACGGAAACGGUGUCACUGUGACGAUGAAUAUGCUGCUUGAAAUGAAAGGGGGACCUCUGGUUUGGAUCGCUCUCUAAAGCCUGUCUUGGUUUUUUUUAUUUUGCAGAUAAAGAUGGACCAGACAAGAAGAAGAUGAAAAAAGAAGCCGGGGGCAAGAAGUUCCAGGCCAACCUUUUGUUUGGGUAUCCUCUGUCGGAGCGCAAACAGAUGGCCCUCCUCAUGCAGAUGACUGCCAACAGUCCAGGUUUGUGUGCUUACACUCUCUCACCUUAAACACAUAGUAAAGAUGGCUCAGAGUAAAUUUAUUGUGGGAUGAGUCACGCUUUUAAGAGUAAAGGCAGACGUGCUCUUUGAUACUCAAGGAUUAUUUAAGAGGACUGCAGUGCCUCAUGUUCAUGUAGGUCCUCAACCAUUAAGAAAGCCCUCUCUUAACUUUCUUGUUGAUAUUGUGAUGUUUUCACUGAUGGGAACAUACAGUACCUGCUGACAAAUACACAUACAGACUCAAGUGAGUUCAAGUUUUCAGUCCAUUGAGUGUCACAGUGGUUGUGUAAUUCAAGGACAAAUCCAUUACAGGGACCGUAGAUGUUUCCUGAAGAGGUCGUCCUCGUAUGCAGGAAGAUAGAAACUGGUUCUUCAGGAUUUGUCAGUCCCUAAUUGGUGACCUCUGAUUCAUACUGGGACAAACUGGAAUGAGUCACUCAGGCUUAAAUAUGAUGAUACUUUCAUAUGUCUGAUGUUUGAUUUUGUUUUGUACUGACCGCAGUGAGACAUGUCAGCUGUUUGUGCUAAUUAGCAAGACUGUGCUGAACUUCAAAGUACGAUUUGCUGUUAGCCGCCCGCUAACAAGACAGCAAACAGCGCUGUACUGAUGGCCUGAUACGCUCAUGCUCUGGUUUCAAUUAGCACUUUGUUUACGGGUGUCUUACUUUCUCACAACAGCUUUAAUGUGUCAGAGGUUUAGACUUCAUGAGAUUCAGUCUGUCUCUCUUGUAGCUGCCGUAGUACAUACAGUGAAUGUACAUUAUAUUAAUCUGUGUGUAUUCCCUGCUUUUUUUUUGACAGUGUGUAACAUAAGGCUGGAGCUAACUGCAUGUUAGUGUGCUAAAUAUUCAAGGAACAAGGGAGACACCUGUCUUUGGGAGAAAAAAUGACCUAUCAGCUCCUCUAAAGCUCAGAAACUCACAUUUAGGUCGUUUUUGUGAAGUCAGAAAAUCCGAUUUGGUGUUUCUCUUUGUGGCUUAUUUGUGCUGAUUUUCCUGCUUUGGACAUAUGGAGUCAAGCUGUGUACCACUGACACCUCUCUUGAUGCUGAGCUAAGGUCACCAGCUGCAGGCUUCAUCUCAAAUAACACUGGUAUUGAUUGGAAUUGAUACCAGAUCACUGCUGAACAGAGCAAAUCAGAAGAUUAUAAACAUGUGGAACAUAAUCUGUUAGUAGACACAGACACGUAUACAAGCACAGCCUCUCCAGCUCUUAUUAAAAGCAGCUUCUUUCUGUGUUUUAAGCCCAGUCUCUCACCUAUAAUUACAGGUAAUUAUCUCAUCAAGUGACAGGCUUUUUGCUUCAAGCAUCAAUUAAUUGCUUUUCUCUCUGCCCGUGUCCAGACUCUACUCCCAGUCAUCCCUCACAAACGACCCCUGUGCAGAAGAAAGUCCCCAGCAGCACCUCGUCUCGACAGAAGGACAAGGUCAACAAGAGGAAUGAGCGAGGGGAGACUCCCCUUCACAUGGCAGCCAUUCGGGGAGACGCAAAGCAAGUGAAAGAGCUUAUCAGCCUGGGAGCUGAUGUUAACGUCAAAGACUUUGCAGGUAAGAUUGUCUGACAGUGGACCAUUUAAAUAGCAUCUGUUACCUGAUUGAUAACACUUAACCGGCUCAGUCUGAACAUAAAAAUCUUCAUGUUUCUCCCCUCUGUGCUCCUGUUUUUGUCUCAUUUCACUCCUUGUGUUUUCAUUGUCUCCUAAUGCUUGUAAAGUUGAGGCCAAAAGCAGCCAUGUGAAAUCCUAAAACUCUAAUGUCUUGCUGUCGUCUUUCCUCACCAGGCUGGACGCCUCUCCAUGAAGCCUGUAAUCUCGGUUACUACGACGUGGCCAAGGUCCUAAUAGCGGCGGGAGCAGAGGUGAACACGCAGGGUCUGGAUGACGACACGCCCCUCCAUGAUGCCUCAAGCAGCGGGCAUAAAAAUGUAAGAAGUUGACGUUUGUUUUUGUUAUAGUACUGCAGGACUGAAAAUAACACUGAACAGGAAAAUCGAUCAGUCAUAAAAAUAUAUUUUUAAACAAAUAGAUUCUAAUUAAGAGUUUCUGAUCAUAGCGAACAGAAUACACGGAUAAAGAAGCACAUUUCAAAACGUUUCAUGUUUAGGAUCAUUAAAUAUAUUGAGCUCGGGGUUCCUACACAGUUGGAAUUUCCAUAAUUUUCCAUACUGUAUUUUUUAGAAAUAUUUCUGGAAAUCCCUACUUCUCUAAUUUAGAAAACAGUAUUUUAGAACUGUGGUAAUAGUCUGGAAACAUAAGUAUUUUCCAUUUUCCUUACUAUUUAAGACCUGGAAAUUGAUCAAAUUUAUUUCCAUACUAGCGUAUGAACCCUGUGAGCUGAAGUCCAGCUUCAUAUUGAAUGUUAUGUUUUGGCAGCAGAGUGGUUGAUGUAAAACAGACAGGAACUGAGAACUAGAACUUUAGGAUGAUUUUUUAAAUUAUAUUUGAGCUGCAGGCCAUUUCUCAAAAUUAGAAUAAAAGAAGAAUGCUGGAAAAUGUUCAGUCUGAAACACACAUACAGUUUAAAGUACAUGUAAACUUUACCAGUGAGUCAAAAAUGCUAAAAAAAUAUAUAGAAUUUUUCACAAAAUGAAAAUUUCUUUAGAAACACUGGUGCUUCUUAACUGUUUUGCAAGCUGUGUUCAAAAUAUAACAUUGAUUACUUUCUUUCUUACUUGGCGAAUGGCUUUUUAACAUUUUGGAAAAGUUUGCAGCACCAGACCAGUGAUGUAUAGAAUCUAGAAAAAAUUUAAAGUAACAGGCUGUAACAAAAAUGCAAAGAAGGACAUCAAUGGUCAAAAUAUGAAUAACUUAGGUCUAAAGUUUGCUAUAGUCUAGUUUUUCUCUUCUCUGACUCCCACUUAGUGUUUGUCCACAACCUUUGUGUGCGUCGUUGCGAGGCUCACACUCUCACUCCUCGUUCUGUUUCACACAGAUUGUCAAGCUGCUACUACGCCACGGCGGUAACGCCUUCCAGGCCAACAAGCGUGGAGAGCGCCCAGUGGACGUGGCGGACUCUCAGGAGCUGGAGCAGCUAUUAAAGGGAGAGUUGCCAAUGUCGGACCAAGAGGACAGCUCAUCAGGUAUGCAGAGAACGCUCCGGUGUUUGGCUGUCCUCCCCUUUUAAGGUCGCAUGGUAACACAGUGUCUGUAACAUUACCGGCUAUUCGGAUCUGCUGCAGAGAGACCAGAUGAGACUUGUGGAUUAUAUGUGACAGACUUAGUUCAAACAAAUGUUUCUUUUUCUUUCUGCAGAGUCUGAAGACCCUCCGUCUGUCAACCCCUCCAGUGUGGAUGACAACAUGGACGACUCUGAUACUGAAAAGGACUCCGAUGGUAAACCGUCCACAAAGGCUUCAUCGUCCGUGCCAGGGCUGGACGAGUACGAGUUCAAGGACGAGGAAGAGGAGGAGGAUCUUAGUAAAGCCCUGAACGACAGACACAUCCUCCGGAGGGAACUACGGCAGCGGGAGAAGGAGGACAAAGAUAGGAAUCAUGUGGCAGGAAAGCAGAGUAGUAAGGGGGAUUCCUCCUCAAAGUCCAAAAAGCAAAAGACCCCUCGUGUCCACUGCAGCUCGGACACCUCCAGCGAUGAAAUGGAGAGCCUUCCUGAGAAGAGGAACUCCCCCACGUGUUCCCAGAGCUCCGAGAGCCUCAGGGUGGACACGCGGUCUAAAAAAGAGACUGCAGAGCAGAAGGAGAAGGGCAAAGUGAAACGUAAGAGCAAGAGCCAGAUCAAAAACAAGGAAAACCAAGAGGACGGGAAGGAAAACAGCAAAACCUUAGUCCUCUCUCUUGCGACUGUGUCCGAGAGCACAGAAAAGGGCCGAGAAGAAGAUUCCUUCAAGAUGUCUUUCAGUCCGAAAGAUGACUCAUCCGUCCACCUCUUCCAUUUGUCAUCCAUAAAAUCUCCUAAACUGAACCACAGCCUGACAGACAAACAAACGCCACUCAAACAGGAAAAUACUAAGAUGUGCAUUUCCAUCAGUGACGGCUCGUGUCCGGUGGAUGGUGUCAAAUACAACCACUACACGGAGGCAGACUUCUGCACCGAAGGCUCCAGCACCAAAGGGUACAAGCACAAAGAGAAGAGCAAACAUCAACAGAAAGACUCCAGCGUAGACGGGGAGGAUGGCCGCUCGAGUCCGUACAAAGACGGCAGCAUAGGAAACAGUGUGGACAGCGCUGACGGUGCCUUACGGAAGACGGACUUGGACGGCAAAGUGGUGAAGAAGCAUAAACUCAAACACAAGGAGAAAGACAAACACAGGAGGGAGUACGAGGCAGAGCGAAGCCGCCACAGGCAGAAGGAGGCCAGGAAAGACGGCCACAGGAAUUUAGAGUUUGACAGAGAGUUCUGGAAAGAAAAUUUUUUCAAAAGUGAUGAGACGGAUGAACCUCUGCAAGUAAAGAAGGAGAGCGAAGACAAUAGCUCGCUGCAGAAGACCUCUGAUUCCUCCCCCGUCAAAGAUGAGAGGAACACAAAGGAGAAACACUCCAGCAGCAAAGAAAAGAGGCUGAGGGAGGAGAGGGAAAAGGACAAAUGCGUGAAAAAGGAGCGGAAGGAGGCUGCCGCUAAGGAGGAGAAGGUAAAGGAUUCAAAACCGAGCGAGCGUGACGAGCGAGUCGACUGCCACGGCUCAGGGCGGAUUCCUGAGGAGACGCUGCAGAGCAACAGCUUGAAAGAAGAGACAGAGGAGAAGCCAGUAAGCGGGAUCACAGCUGAUCAAGAACAGCUGGAGUCCUCUGAAAAAGGCUCACGCGAGAAGACUGACAAGAGGCUCCCGGGAAAGGAGAAGGACUCUGAAAAAAUGGAGAAAAGGCAUCCUGACAAAGAGAAGAAGGUGAAAACGGAGCACUCAGACAAAGCUGACGCGCAGAACUCAGUGGAUCGCUGGAAAGAGAAAGAAAGAACAGGAAACAUUUCCUCCCAUUCACCCGGAGAUAAGAACUACAAAGAGAACGAGAAGCUGAAAUCUUUAUCCACGACUAAAAAACACGAGGACAGCAGGAAAAAUAAAGAGAAGUUUGACAAGCGGUCUGAUAGAGAGUAUGGUGCCGGGGAUCACAGAGACAAGGAGCGCACCAGCUCUGAUAAGAAAGGCAAACCUCUGGAGAAGGUCACAGAUCACAGUAAAUCUGAUCGCUCUAAAGAGAAAGACUGUGACAGGAAGAGAAGAGACAAAAUCAAAGAUGGGACUUCUUCCAGCUCCAAUCUGAAGUUACUGCUAGAAGAGAAGAAGAGCUAUCUGUCUGAGAGCAGCAAGUCUGUAUCUGCCAAAUCAAAGGAGGAAGUCGUGAGAACGCCGGAGAAAGAUCGCGACCGCAGAGAGCGAGACAGAGACUCGGAUAAACACAAGGACAAGGAUAGAGAUCGGCACAAAGACCGCUCCCUGCAGGCCAAAAUCAGCAAGGCCAAAACCAACGAGACCGACGCAGACAAGGCCAAGUCCAAAGCCUCUCCGGCGACACGGGACGCCAAGCCCAAAGAGAAACGGCUCGUGAACGACGACCUGAUGCAGACCAGCUUUGAGCGCAUGCUCAGCCUAAAGGACCAGGAGAUCGAGCAGUGGCAUCGCAAACAUCUGGAGAAGAUCAAGCAGAAAGAGCGGGAGAGGCUCAAACAGCGGCCUCAGGUCGAUCCGGUCAAGUCCAAGCCCAAAGACAGAACAAAGUCCGAGGCGUGCUUGAGUAAGGAGCUCAUGCGCUCGAAAAGCUCUGAAGCCUCAGACGCUCACAGCAGAGAGAAACCCCUGAAGGACGGCGCCAGCCCCAGAACCAUGUCGCUCGACGGAAAGACUCUGCCGUCUAUCAGCGCGAAGGUCAUGUCCGCCGUGGAAAACUGUCUGACCAGAUCCCCGAGACCAGAGAGCGAACGCUUCGGUCUCAUAUCGCGGUCAGUGUCGCUGGUUUCUGUCGCGAGCUCAGAGGAUUCAUGUCAGGCUACGACGUUAACACCGCGGCACGUUGAAUACGACUCUGACAUGAACAUGGACGCCUCUGACUCUCAACCCGCAUUCCUCCAGUCUUCCCUCGUCAUUCAGGCCACCAGAUCGCCGUCCGUUCACGACAAAGAUUGCAAUAGUCUUCCAGAGGUGCCGUCAAGUAAUCGGACGCCGGUCCCUGGCAGACACGAAUCUCCGUACCUCAGGGCUAUCCUGGACGAGGACGCGAACUCAUCGAGUGAAGGGAAAACUGCAGAACUUCUUCCUAAAUCCAGCCAGCCGACGGAGGAGCUGAGACCCAGAGAGACGCCCGCAGAACCAGAGGAGAGCCUCAGUAGUCAACACCAUCUGAAUCCAGUCUCUGAUGUAGUCACUGAGAGAGAAGGCGGCACGCCACAAAUGUCAAACAGAGACCCCGAGAGUAAAAACCUGUCAGAGUGUAGCAGCUCUCAAACCGGGUCAGCCGAGCAGAAAACUCUCUCCUCCUCCUCCUCUGAUCCUCCUGUCUCAAAAGAUGGCGAGCGUUCAGUCGAGAGUUCACAGGCAGAGUCAAACAACAAAGACGCUGAUCAACCAUCGAUACCUGCAGCGUCUUCGUCCGCUGAGCCAUCAUCGACACCCACAAACACGAAAUCCCUCCAGCAAAGAGAACCGCUCGCCGUUUCUGGAAAUGAGAGCGAGCAGCAGCAGACAGAGUCGGGUACCACACAUGUUUCUGAGCCGACUGAAAAUACUCCUCCCAGUGCUGAUGGAGCAGAACAAGAUGCCAUGGAAACGGUUCCAGAGAGCUCCAGAGCAGAGGGUGCAGGAAGUCCUGAACCGUCCACCAGUUCACAUGUUCCCAGCUCUUCUGCUGGAGAGUCAGGCCUCAGCACAACCAACCCUGAGCCCGAGUGUCCUCCAGAGGAGAUGGAUGUAGACAACAAAGACUGUAAGAAAUCCAAACCUUCCAGUGACGCUGCAGCUUCAUGUCUGGAUGCUCAGGUAGAGAAAAAGGAAAGUCUGACCCCGGUAUCUUCACGCAGUCCUGAACACAAAGCCGAGGAGAUUACUGACAUCCUUCAGAGCUCCGAGAGCGACAGCAGAGCUGCUGUCUCAGCAGAAAGUUCAUCUGCUGAGGGCAGUGUGACCACAGAAGCAUCUUCUGAAUCUAAAGUAGACAGCAGCUCAGAGCCUAUGGAGGUGACACCUUCAGACGAGAAACAAGAGUCCACUUCCUCUGGAGAAGAGCAGACUCACAGCGCCGUCCAAUCAGCAGCUCAGACCGACUCCAGCAACAGCGCCUCAGGGAGCUCCUCCCCACAAUCCGGAGACCGGGACUCCGACUCAUCGGGGGCUAAAGUUAAGAUCCGCUCUUCAGACGAGGACAUCGACAUCCACGUCCCCCAUCCGCGCAAGAGGAAGAUGCCCAAGGUGUUGAACUCGCAGCCGAGCUCCACGACUCAGCAGGACAGGGAGCGGGGCCAGCAGUCUCUGGCCGCCAUAGUGGACUCUGUGAAACUGGAGGAGAUCGAACCGUAUCAGACGGAGAGGGCCAACCCGUACUACGAGUUCCUGCACAUCAGGAAGAAGAUCGAGGAGAAACGCAAGGUGUUGUGCAGCGUCACCCCCCAGCCGCCGCAGUAUUAUGACGAAUAUGUGACCUUCAAUGGAUCCUACCUCCUGGAUGGGAACCCGCUCAGCAAACUCUGUAUACCAACAGUAAGUCAGUGUCAUCAUUAUUAUCGGGGCUCAACAGAGCGACAAUUUCACUCACAUUUGCGACUAAAAAAUAGAUGUGUGCGAAUUGUAAAAUGUAUUUAGGGGCACAUGUGCGCAUAUAAAAAAAUCAGCUGAGGCAACAAAUGUUUUUUCAUGUAAAUACCGCGGCGAAGUAGUUAUAGGUUGGAUAGUCGACGGACAUUCACUGCAGAUCUACCGGUGUCUUCUCACUCUCCAUAACCUGAAACAGCAACAGCAGCGCGGUUAAAUCUACUCGGCACCCUCGCUGCCAACGUCGGGUGUUGAAUAAGGGACCGUCAAUAAAUUACCUUCUCAGAAAAGGCUGUUUUCCUUCAAUAGCUUCCAUGCCACAUGACCAAUUGACCUAAAAUUGAGUUCAAAUAAUAGUACUAAGGUUGGACAAUAAGAAGCACCUCUUUAUUUCCCUAAUUUGUCCUCAUUAGUUUUUUUGUGUAAAAUUUAAAGGCAAAUUUAAAAAAUUUUCUUCAAUAGCUUCCAUGCCAUGUGACCAAAAGACCCAAAUUGAAUUCAAAUAAUAGUACUAAUGUCGACCAAUAAGACAAACACUGGCUUUGUCCAGAAUGGGUCCCUAACCCCCAUAUAGGCGACGAUAUGGGGGUUAGCGCCAUUUUGAGGGGUGUCGGAAAUCUGAGUGAUCAAUUCCAGUGCCCCAUAUAGGCGACUCAAGAUUUCCCAUAGAGCAUUGCAAAAUUUUGUGACCAUCCGAUGGUCACUCAUCAGUGGUAAGAUGGAGAGGACGAAAGCAAGAAGAGACAGAACCCGAGCUCUAUUUGCCAUUUUCAGCCUAAGUUUUUUUUAUCUUCACACGCAAGUGAUCCGUACAGUAUUUAAAAAACAAUUGUUUGCUGCGUCAUAUAGUCUCGUGCACAAUAUAACACAGCAAACAAUAUUAAAUGAAAAUAUAAGGCCUUUUAAAUAAAUUAUUGAUUUUGUAAUUUCACGAACAUCCUGGAAAAACAAAUCCAUCUGCACAGCAUCAUAAAAUUCAAGAGAUGUGAAAACAACAGCUGCAACUUCAGACGCAGCAGUCUGAGCAGUGACGUCACAACGGUACGCCAUGUUGUGUCCGAAACCUCUGAUGAUUGAGCUCACUACAUAGUCAGCUAUAUAGCGAAACCCCAUAUAGGGGUCAGGGGUCAGGGAUUGAGUGAUUCAUUUCAGACACAGCCAUUAUUUGAUCAAUUUUCAUUGUGCCCCUCAAGUUCUUUUUGUGCUUUUUACUUUUUCGACUUAGGUGAAAAAAAGUUCAUUCCAAGCCCUGAUUAUUUAUGUUUAUUUGUUCUGAUCAAAACUCUCAUGUUUGAUUCUUGGAUGCACAUCACCAUAUGACCUUAGCGUGUUUAGAAAGAAAGAAGAAAGAAGGAAAAGGCGCUCUUUUUCUACCUGGUCCUGACCCGAUGAACUGAGCAGAUAUUUAGUUAUGUGAGCAGUUUAGGCAGUGUGAGGUUAAACAAAGAAACUCCAUUAAUGAAAGAAAUCUUCACUGUGUCCUUCUCCGAUGUUUGAACAGAUCACUCCGCCUCCAUCUUUACCCGAGCAGCUGAAAGAGAUGUUCAAACAACAAGAGGUCGUCCGCAUGAAGCUCCGUCUACAGCACAGCAUUGAAAGGGUACGUGGUCUUCCCCUCUGAGUGUUGUGUUUUGGUUUUUGGCUGAGUACCUCUUUGCAUUGUAGAGCCACUUAAAGCAGCUCUAAUGGAGCACGUUGUAGAAACCGCCUUUUAUGGAGUUUUAGGGACAUUGUGAAGUUGGGCUCUGUCUUUUUAUCUCCCCCUGAAGACCUUAAACGAAUAUCAGUGCUGCGCUUACACAAUACUCUGACUCAAUCACAGUAUUAUUAGUAAUUACUGUUUUUUCCUCUCUCUCUGUCUCUCUCUCUCUCUCUCCAGGAAAAGCUGAUUGUUUCAAACGAACAGGAAGUCUUGAGAGUCCAUUACAGGGCAGCGAGGACUCUGGCCAAUCAGACCCUCCCGUUCAGUGCCUGUACCGUUCUACUGGACGCUGAAGUGUACAACAUGCCUCAGGACGUUCAGGUAAGCGAGGUGUGGCAACAAAUCUAUUUACCGCUGAGCUUCAGUGUUUUUUUGUUUUAUUCUCCAUCAUUAAUGAUUUCCUUUGAGGGAGACACUUUCACUGACGGGCUGUUGUGUUUGUUCGCAGAACGAUGACGGCAAAACGUCGGUGAGAGACCGAUUCAACGCCAGGCAGUUCAUGUCCUGGUUACAAGAUGUUGACGACAAGUUCGAUAAGCUGAAGGUGAGACGAUUGUUUUAGUUACAAGAGAAGAUACAAGUGUUCAAACUCGGCACAGAAAUGUAAAAUAAUCUUUAAAGUUUAUGAAUGAAAUGUUUCAGCGCAAGAUCUUCAACUUUCACCUACAGCCUGCAAAUUUAAAUUUAAACUUUAAUUUUAGGUGUCACUGUUUAUUUUUUUCUAUUUUUUUAGUUAUUUUUAUUUAUUUAUUAAUUUAUUUAUUUAUAAUUUUAUUUUAUUUAUAAUUUAAAUUUUAAUCAUAUUUAUAUUUUAUUUUGAUUCUAGGAGUGUCACUGUUUAAACAGACCAAUUUUUUUUUUAAAUUUAUUUAUUUAUUUAUAAUUUUAUUUCAUUUCUAAUUUUAAUUAAAAUUUUAUUUUGAUUUUAUUUCAGUUUUCGAAGUGUCACUGUUUGAUCAGACCAAUCAGAAUCAAGAAGGGGUUGGAUUUUUAAUAUCAACAUCUCUGUUAAAUUCCCAUAUGAUGACCCUGACCCUCUAUCAGAUGCACUCUGAAAUCAGCGUCUAUUUAAGAACAAAGACUGUAUAUAUACGGUUUAGGUUCGCUGUAGAAACUUCAUUGUCAUUCAGGCUUUAUGAAGUUUUCUGAUUCUGAAUUAAUGAAUGCAGAUUUGUUGAGAUCCAAGCUUUUAAUUUGAACACAUUUCACCAUAAAGUUCCCUCUUUAAGGCUGAAAAAUAACAGCUUUUUAGGAGCCUUUGUUUAUUUUCACUAGGUCACUUUUAUUUGAAACUCUUUGUUGGAGUAAUCUUGUAAAAAGAUUAAAAAGGAUGGAGAUCCUUUUUUUCUGGUUUAUAUAAAAUUCCUCCUCAUAUUCCUGAGAGAAAAAUCUUUUAUCAGAUCUCCUCGACUUCCUCUGUGGUUUGUUUACAGCUUGGAGGUCGUUGUUUUCUUUUACAAGUUAUGUGUCAUUGAUUUUCUGCAGACGACCAGUAAAACUUUCCAAGAUGUAAACGCUCUCUGAGAGGACACUCCACGGUUUUACAGUCUGUCUACGACCAACAGACAGAUGCUUUUCUCAACAGCAGGAAUAGAUUUUUUUGUCUCCCGCUCGUAAAGAUUCACCGAGUUAUUUGACCCUGGUUCUCCUCCAUGUGUAGAAAAAUAAACGGGUAUACUGGAUGGAUGAAUCACCUUCCCUCUCUUCUGUCCUCAGACAUGUCUUCUGAUGAGACAGCAGCACGAAGCGGCGGCCCUGAACGCCGUGCAGCGCCUGGAGUGGCAGCUCAAACUGCAGGAGCUGGACCCGGCGACCUACAAGUCCACCAGCAUCUUCGAGAUCCCCGAGUUCUACAUCCCGCUCGUGGAGGUCAACGACGACUUUGACCUCACCCCGAUAUGAACCGCAGGACAGAAGCGCUUUGCCACAGAGGCGGCCACGUCGGCAACGCUAAACGGCUGCCUGCACAUUCGAGGAACGAGGGAGGAAAAUGUGAAGCACUUAGAACGUGGCAGAAACACAGAAGAGCACUUAGACAAGAGUUGAGACAACUCCAGAGCUCUUACAGUCCAGACGAGGGCUGAGUGGUCCUCGCUCAGACAAAAAAAAAGGGGGUCCAGGCAGCAGAUCGAGCCCAGGGAGCAGAGACCAAACGCCGGACUGGGCGGCGCCGGGAGCUGCAGCGAUGAGCGGAGUGUGGACGAAGACCAGCUGCUUCUGCUCCUCAUCAGGCAGGGUCACAGUGAAAGAUUUCAAUUGUUUUCAAAGUGAGUGUUCAUACUUUGUGUACAGACUGUGCUCUUAAUUUUUUAACUUAUUUUAUACAUAAAAAAACAAUUGUGCAUUUGUAAAUAGUCAUGUAAUUAUUGUUUUAAACUUGUAAAAACAAAAAAUAAUAGAUAUUUUGAUUGUAAACUCGUUCUGUCUCAUGUUUUAAUGGACCAAAGUUGGUUUUUAUAUCGAGUCCUCUUCGUCUGUGAUGUUCUCGUUGUUGUUGGCUUAAACUCUUAAGCAUGUGUUGGCUUCUGUUGUGUUUCUUUUUUUUUUUUCGUUUUGACUGUUUCUUCCCUCCUCAUCUGGAGUUCCACGCCACAGCUGGUGUUUUUGACUUUGGCAAUUAAAUGCUGUGCAUGCGUUGCGUUGUUUGUACUUCUUUCCUAAAAAGCUGUACUGUGGACUUAUUGUGAGGUUUACUGAAGUGUUCCAGCUUUUUCGCGCCAUUGUGUUCUGUCCUAUUUGCGGCCUCACUCCUCGUGUGUCGUCCAUUGUGUCUCGCGCACAUUAAAGUCUGUUGUGGCUUCCAAGGAGAAAAAAAAAACAAACACUUUUACAGUUUCAAUGUGAGAUCACAACAAAACCUAUUUUUUCAACAUAAUGCCUUUUGAACGAUAGUUCUAAAAAAUGUCUAUUUUAAUAUUUACUUGUUACAUGACUUGUACAUAUUUGUAAUAUAUAAUUGAAUAAAUUUUAUUUGUUGUGAAAUGAAAA